GGUGAGAACGACUGAAUUUGGACUAAUGAAAAAAGGAAUGGUCAGCUGUUAUCAGAGUAAAUGAAGAGGGGAGAAUCAUGAACCAGAGUUUACCUUUUCAUAUCUACUUCUUUUUGGGACUGUUGCCCUUGUGGAUACUGUGUACAUCCUCUGCCAAUAAAUGUGUUGUUAGACAUGAAGUAGCUGACUGCAGCCAUCUGAAGUUGACUCAAGUGCCUGAUGACCUUCCGGCAAACAUAACAGUGUUGAAUCUCACCCAUAAUCAGCUCCGAAGAUUACCAUCUGCCAAUUUUACAAGAUAUAGCCAACUUACUAUCUUGGAUGGAGGAUUUAACUGCAUCUCAAAACUGGAGCCAGAAUUGUGCCAAAAACUCCCCCUGUUGGAAAUUUUGAACCUCCAACACAAUGAGCUAUCUCACCUUUCAGAUCAAACUUUUGUCUUCUGCAUGAAUUUGACUGAACUCCAUCUAAUGUCCAAUUCAAUCAAGAAAAUUCAAAAUAAUCCCUUUCAAAACCUGAAGAAUUUAAUCAAAUUAGAUCUAUCUCAUAAUGGUUUAUCAUCUACUAAAUUAGGAAGUCAGCUCCAACUGGAAAAUCUCCAAGAGCUUCUGUUAUCAAAUAAUAAAAUUAAUGUACUGAGACCUGAAGAACUUGAUUUCCUUGGUAAUUCUUCUUUAAAAAAAUUAGAGUUGUCAUCAAAUCCAAUUAAAGAGUUCUCUCCAGGGUGUUUUCAUGCAAUUGGGAAAUUAUUUGGCCUCUCUCUGAACAAUGCUCAACUGACCCCCAGCCUCACAGAGAAGCUCUGUUUGGAACUGUCAAACACAAGCAUUCGGAAUCUAUCCCUGAGCAACACCCAGCUGUACAGAACAAGCAAUAUGACUUUCAUUGGAUUGAAGCACACAAAUCUCACCAUGCUCGAUCUUUCCCACAACAACUUAAAUGUGAUUGAGAAUAAUUCCUUUGCUUGGCUUCCACAUCUAGAAUAUUUCUUCCUGGAGUAUAAUAACAUAGAGCAUUUGUUUUCUCGCUCCUUUUAUGGGCUUCUCAAUGUGGGAUACCUGGAUUUGCAACGCUCUUUUUCUAAACAAAGCAUUUCCCUUGCUUUGCAUCCCAAGAUUGAUGAUUUUUCCUUUCAGUGGCUAAAAUGUUUGGAGUAUCUUAACAUGGAAGACAACAACUUUCCAGGCAUAAAAAACAAUAUGUUCACGGGAUUGAUAAAGCUGAAACACUUAAGUCUCUCCAACUCCUUCGCAAGUUUGCGAACUUUAACCAAUGAAACAUUUUUGUCCCUUGCUCAGUCUCCUUUAGUCACACUCAAUCUAACCAAAAACAAAAUCUCAAAAAUAGAGAGUGGUGCUUUUUCUUGGUUGGGCCACCUACAGGUACUCGACCUUGGCCUUAAUGAAAUCGGGCAAGAACUCACGGGCCAAGAAUGGAGAGGUCUAGGAAAUAUUGUUGAAAUCUACCUUUCCUACAACAAAUACCUACAACUGACUAGCAGCUCUUUUGUCUUGGUUCCAAGCCUCCGACGACUGAUGCUUCGAAGAGUGGCCCUUAGAAAUGUGGACAGCUCCCCUUCACCUUUUCAUCCUCUUCAAAACUUGACUAUUCUGGAUCUAAGCAACAACAAUAUAGCCAACAUAAAUGCUGAACUGUUGGAGGGUCUUGAGAAACUAGAAAUUCUGGAUUUGCAGCAUAACAACUUAGCAAGGCUAUGGAAACAUGCAAACCCCGGUGGUCCUAUUCAUUUUCUAAAGGGUCUUUCUCACCUCCACAUUCUUAAUUUAGAGUCUAAUGGCUUUGAUGAGAUCCCAGCAGAAGUAUUCAAGGACUUACUUGAAUUAAAAAGCAUUGAUUUAGGAUUGAAUAAUUUAAAUAUAUUUCCACCAUCUGUCUUUGAUGGUCAGGCAUCUCUAAAGUCAUUGAACCUUCAGAAGAAUCUCAUAACGUCAGUUGAGAAGAAUGUUUUUGGGCCAGCCUUCAGGAACCUGAGUAAUUUAGAUAUGAGCUUUAAUCCAUUUGAUUGUACCUGUGAAAGUAUUGCCUGGUUUGUUAAUUGGAUUAACAGGACCCAUACCAACAUCUCUGAGCUAUCAAGCCAUUACCUCUGCAAUACUCCACCUCAAUAUCAUGGUUUCCCCGUGAUGCUUUUUGAUAUAUCACCCUGCAAAGACAGUGCCCCCUUUAAACUCUUUUUCAUAAUAAAUACCAGUGUCUCACUGAUUUUUAUCGUUAUCGUACUGCUUAUCCAUUUUGAAGGCUGGAGGAUAUCUUUUUACUGGAAUGUUUUAGUGCAUCGAAUUCUUGGUUUCAAAGAAAUAGACAGACAGCCAGAGCAGUUUGAAUAUGCAGCGUAUAUAAUUCAUGCCUAUAAAGAUAAGGAUUGGGUCUGGGAACACUUCUUUUCAAUGGAAGAAAAAGAUCAAACUCUCAAAUUUUGUCUCGAAGAAAGGGACUUUGAGGCAGGUGUCCUUGAACUUGAAUCAAUUGUUAAUAGCAUCAAAAGGAGCAGAAAAACUAUUUUUGUUGUAACACAGAAUCUACUAAAAGAUCCAUUAUGCAAAAGAUUCAAGGUGCACCAAGCGGUUCAACAAGCUAUUGAACAAAAUCUGGAUUCCAUUAUAUUGAUCUUUCUUGAGGAGAUCCCAGAUUAUAAACUGAACCAUGCACUCUGUUUGCGAAGAGGGAUGUUUAAAUCUCAUUGCAUCUUGAGCUGGCCAGUUCAGAAAGAACGGGUAAAUGCCUUUCAUCAUAAAUUGCAAGUAGCGCUUGGAUCCAGAAAUUCAGUACAUUAAAUUUAUUUCAAGAAUAAGGUAACAGAGGAGUAACUUUCCCAACUUAAAAAGUUUCAUAGUCAAUUUAGGCUUUAUUUGAAAAUAAUGUAAAUCUGUUUAUUCAUAUUUAGAGAAUAUUGUCCCAUGAUUCUAUCUCUUCUAACUCUCUAUUGCAAGCCUUUUAUUACCAGCUGAGUUCAUUGGACCCAAAAUAACCAUAUAAGAAUAUCUUCUAUGAAUGAAUAUACAAUUGGUUACUGAGGUCUAUGACAACUUAAAAUUUUUUAAAAUAUUC